CCGCAGCGGGAGCUGAACGCAGCUGCAGAACUAGCCUCGGCGUUGGGUAGCUGAGGUGCGGACCAGAGCAGCUCCGCUGCGACCCGCCCUGCGCACUCCGCCGGGUCCCGAACCUCGCCGCGCGCCCAGCCGCAGUCCGAGAUGGCUUCAGUGACUGAUAGUAAAACUGGAGUCAAAGAUGCCUCUGACCAGAAUUUUGACUAUAUGUUCAAACUGCUUAUCAUCGGUAACAGCAGCGUUGGCAAAACGUCCUUCCUCUUCCGCUAUGCUGAUGACACUUUCAUCCCGGCCUUUGUCAGCACUGUGGGCAUUGACUUCAAAGUGAAGACGGUCUAUCGUCAUGAGAAACGAGUGAAGCUGCAGAUCUGGGACACAGCUGGGCAGGAGCGGUACAGGACCAUCACCACAGCCUAUUACCGUGGGGCCAUGGGCUUUAUUCUGAUGUAUGACAUCACCAACGAGGAGUCCUUCAAUGCUGUCCAGGACUGGGCUACUCAAAUCAAGACCUACUCCUGGGACAAUGCACAGGUUAUCCUGGUGGGAAAUAAGUGUGACAUGGAGGAAGAAAGGGUUGUUCCCACUGAGAAGGGCCGGCUCCUGGCAGAACAGCUCGGGUUUGACUUCUUUGAAGCCAGUGCUAAGGAGAACAUCAGUGUGAGGCAGGCCUUUGAGUGCCUGGUGGAUGCCAUUUGUGAAAAGAUGUCUGAUUCGCUGGACAAAGACCCUUCCAUCCUGGGUACCUCCAAGAACACGCGUCUCUCAGACACUCCACCGCUGCUACAGCAGAACUGCUCAUGCUAAGCAAGACCCGCCCUUCUAACCUCCCCUCAUUGUGCCCCCAUGCACACCUGCUUCUCCCUGAUACACACUGACCGCUCCCACCCCUGAGUAAACUGAGUUCCUACUGUUCUUUGCCAGCCCUUGGACUUUAGGCCCCAGCUACGGACAUCGAACAGCAGACUGACAGCACAGGACAUGGCAUAAUGGGUGGAGAAUUUCCUGUGCAAAAGACAACUGCAUUUUAUGAGGGGGAUUUGAUAUGGAGACUUGGAAAAAAAGAGUCUGUCUUCUACCUAUGAAAUGAGAUUUCCUCCAUUUACCGAAAUCUGACAAACCCACAUCACUCAGGGGCUGGCCAAAUAUGUAAGGUGAGGCCCACUUGCAUUGCUAAUCCUAUUAAAGAAAGCUUGGCAAAGUACAA